AUGCCUCCCUUACCUGGCGCCAGCAAGAAGAAGAACCGAGACGGGCGACGGUCUCGAAGCAGGAAUACCACUCCAAGCUCGGUGAUCAGUGCCGGUACUGCCCCGCCUGGACCGACGACCACUCCUCUCCUCGAGUUGGAAGCGUCCAAACUUCUGGUGUCUUCGAAGCCGAAUUAUGCAGAGAUCAUAGACCAUCUGGAUACCCAUGGCGCGAAACUGGAACCCAAGUCACUGCACGAUAUCAUCGAUCAGUUGAAGCAUCUCAGCGAAUCGGCCGAAAAGCGCGCCGAAUCAUGCGAGAAAGCCAUUCGGCUCAUUCAUGAGCAGAAGAAGAAUGUGGAAACAGACCAGCAAGAUCGCGACCGCCAGGCAGAGCAGCUUCGCCGGGCAAAGGCGCGCAAAGAAGAAGCCCAUUCACAGAAGAACCCCAAGGCAAAGAAACGCAAGGACAGACCCGAGACUGUUGACAAUGUCGAGAUCAAGAAGGAAGAUGAACCUUCAAAGACGAAAAUGACCCGUGCCACACCUGGGCCUUUGGACACUCCUUCUCCUUCAAAGAAGACAAAACUCAGCCCUGGUACUUCGUCAUUGUCCGAAGUCGCCGAUUCUCCAGACGCUGCAGCGGCAAGCGCGCACGCCUCGCCAACCAAGUCGGACGUGUCCAUGUCUGACGCUGAAGACACCCAGGUUGUUCAGCCGCCCAUCCCCCAGCAAGGUUUCUUUCCUGACCCCCUGGCGCCUGACCCUGUCAUCUACCACAUUCGGGAGGUGACGCCUGGCAUGUCAGACGAGGAGAAGAAGGAGAUUUACAGCGUCACUGCGUAUCCGACAAAGGACCUGAGUGAUCAAGUCGCCGGCACGCCACCCGACAAAGACUUCAGCAAUGCUAAGCCUACAAAUCAGGUCGCCGCCAACACAUUCCUCACCUACGUAGAGCCAUACGUCCGGCCACUCACGGAAGAGGACAUUGCAUGGUUGCGUGAAAGAGGCGAUCGAACAACUCCAUUCCUUGCAGUACCUCGAGGCAAGCGUUCCUAUCAGGAUAUCUGGGCAGAAGAAGAUUCGGGAACGAUUAUCGUCGAGAACGGCAACGAGAAAUCAUCCUUGAAUCAUCCAAGAGGAAAUGUGGAACAAAUCAAUGAUGAAAAUGUUGUGACAGAUCAGAUUUCGACCGGUCCGCUUGCUAGCCGACUGCUUUCCCUCCUCAAGUUCGAGCACCGAUCACCGCCCAGUGAGACCAAUACCACAGGCGACCUGAAUUCUUUCAUGGCUGACGGCAAUGAUACUAUGGACUUGGAUGGGCUCACCAACGGUCACGACACCUCUGAAAAGCCACUGCCUCCUGCAGCAGCCGUCGCGGACCAGGCGCCUGCGAAAACCUCCAACUCUCAGCGCCUCGACUACAUACAGGGUGAGGAACGAAUCAAAGGCGAACUCCGACAUCUUGGUCUCCUGGGACAGGAAGAGAAUCCAGAUUAUGACGCCCACCAUGACGAUGAUAUCAGCGAGAGACUGCGCCUGCUACAGGGAGAGCUGCGUCGAGUCAUGGUCGUGAACGGAGCCCGCAAAUCUCGUCUGCUGGAUCUGGCAAAGGAACGGCUCGCGUUUCAAGAAUACAGUACUAUCCAUGAAGAUCUCGACAGCCAAGUCCAACAAGCAUACCUCAAGCGAACUCGUACAUUGGGAAAGACCAAGAAGGGUGGCCCAGGAGCCAACAAACCACGACCGGGCGGCCACGGUGCGGGCGGACCCGGCACAGCCAUGAGCGUGAACAGAGCCAGAGACAUUGGUGACUCAGCUCGGAUGCUCAUGGAUCGCAGAAAGAGAUGGGAGAACUGCAUCGGACCGGUCUUCAAAGAUAUGAACCACGGCAUUCCACCGAAGGGAACUACAUUGUGGGAUCCAAAGAUCAUGGAGGCCUAUGAGAAAGCCGAGUUGGAAGCUCUUGAAGAAGAAGCAGAAGAGUGA